CGGAGUCUGCGCAGUGAGGCCCGGGCUCAGCUGGGUGCAGCUCCACCGGAGAAGGAAGCGGAGUUUCCGGCUGUUCGCAGCGGAGGGAGAGGAUUGCUGACGCCGCGAAACCCCGAGAAAAACGCCGCCGGCUCGGGGGUGGCUCCCAGUUUCAUAGCAUCGGCAGUGCUCGUUCAUCACACCGGGGGCUCUGGGGGCUGGUGACUUUUUUUUUCUUUUUUAAUUUAUUUAUUGACGAGUCUGGGGGGAGUCGUGAACAUCAGACCGAGCAAAAGAAGCGGCACAAGGCGGGGGGCGAGCCACCAGCUACCGGUAUGGCCAGGGACUACGAUUACCUCUUCAAGCUGCUCAUCAUCGGGGACAGCGGAGUGGGCAAGAGCAGUCUCCUCCUGCGAUUUGCAGACAACACGUUUUCAGGUAGCUAUAUCACCACGAUCGGCGUGGACUUCAAGAUCCGAACGGUGGAGAUCAACGGGGAGAAGGUGAAGCUUCAGAUCUGGGAUACGGCGGGGCAGGAGCGCUUUCGCACCAUCACCUCCACAUACUACAGGGGAACGCACGGGGUCAUAGUGGUUUACGACGUCACGAGUGCCGAGUCCUUCGUCAACGUCAAACGGUGGUUACAUGAAAUCAACCAGAACUGUGACGACGUGUGCCGAAUAUUAGUGGGAAACAAGAACGACGACCCCAACUCCAAGGUGGUGGAGACGACCGACGCGCAGAAGUUCGCGGAGCAGAUGGGAAUCAGCCUGUUCGAGACGAGCGCCAAAGAGAACAUCAACGUGGAAGAGAUGUUCAACUGCAUCACGGAGCUGGUGCUACGAGCCAAGAAGGAGGUGCUGGCCAAGCAGCAGCAGCAGCAACAGAACGACGUGGUCAAGCUCACCCGCAACAGCAAACGGAAGAAGAAGUGCUGCUAGCAACCUGGAAGCCAUGCACCGCGGGCCGACACACACACACACACACACACACACACACACACACACACACACACACACACACACACACACACACACACACACACACACACACACACAAUGGGACUCAGAGCUUCUAAAUUAAAGAUUUAAUGAAUAUACAGCGAAAGAUUUAAAAAGAAAUGAGUAAACGGGAAACGUGUCCCCUUUGGACGGAGUAAUCGUGAAGACUUUCAAAUCAAGUGUACAGAUUUUAUCUGACGUCAGAUCAAGUUUUAUUUGGAAUUCCUCCGUCAGGCUGAGGCCCCCCCCCCCCCUAGUUUUAUUCUAUUUUUGGAUUGUUUCUUUUUUUUUUUUCCAUCGUCUGAUUCCCGAGCAGAGGUCAGAGGUCAGAGGUCACGGACAGUCAUUCAGCAUUUCGGACGUCUGAUCACGAACUGAGAGGUUUGGUUUGGUUUUGAAGCGAUGGAUCCUUGUAGAAACGAACCGUGGACCUGGCCGCUCGCCGCCUGCCCGCCGGGCGGAGCCCCCGCCUCUCACUGCAGUCUUACUGUGCUUUCAGCUUUUAAACCCAUUUUUUCUUUUUUUUAAAACGACGAUACUGCCAACGAGAAAACAUCAGGACCUGACGGGAGCGCCGCCGGCCUCCAGCAGAGUGAAUCCUCCACCCGCCGCCGCCGCCACGCCCCCUCCCUCCUCUCAGCAUGUUCUCAAGUCAUAACGGACAUUUAGGAUCCAGACUCGACUAAUUAAAGUCUUACAUUGUUUUUGUUUUUUUUUUUAGUUUCUUUUUGCUUUUCUCGUCUCGCUUGUUCAAGUGAGAACGGACAGUUGAGAGUGACGGAGGAGGAAGAGGAGGAGGAGGGGGGGUGAACUGCCGCAUGGAUCCUCUCUCGCUCUCUAGAUAUGCACCGCCGGGGUUUUGUCACAGAGGCCAAAGCUUCACAUAAAGUCCGUUUCCUCCUUUUUUUUUCGUUUGGGAGAGCAGCAGAGGGAAGGUCGUCGUCCUCCCUCCUCGGGACUCUGGUUCGAGAUCCUCACGAUGCGUCGAGAGCAACGCCAGAGAAAACAAAAGAGAAGAAGAAGAAAUGCUCCCAGAUCUCACACUUCAUGAUUUCUCUUCAUUAUGUGUAUGUAUAUAUAACUAUAUUUGUGUGUUUAUAUUCAGUUUAGAAGAGACACACUCGAUGAGCACGCCAGACUGCGCAUGUGUGAAACAUGUGUCCGUGUGCUCUGGUCCGAACGCCCGUCAGCUGUGGUUCGCUGUACACUGGAGAAAAAGAUGUACUAUUCAUUUUUCCCUACAUGAAUUUAAUCAGUAAUAAACGUUUUAAAGGAAUAAAUAUUUGACACAGAA